UCUCCCUCUCCUCCACGUCGAUGCAGCACCGACAAGCGGCGUCGAUGUGCUGAGGGGUUGAAGCAUUUCGUUUUUACAUGCCAGCCUCCUUAUUUACUUGAAAAUAAGACUGCUACUAGUUGAAAAAGUGAAAGGCUUCAACCUUUAUUAAUCUACGUUGAGUACAACUAUGAUAGAGAGCAAGACUGAAAUGUUCAAGAGCAGGCAACAACGGGAAGGUGAAGGAGGUCCUGCCAUGAUUCAGAGAGUAAGAGGACAUACAGGGCUUACCCUAGUCCAUCGUCUGAAGCAUCCAUCCCGGCGAGGAGCCUUUUCUUCCAACGGGAAAAGGGGAGCAAGAUGCUUCUCAAGAUGGAUCAGGGUGAGGUCUAAGACAUCACAGUUCUUGUAGUACGUCAAACUACAAUUUGGCGGGCCGACGA